CGUCACCUAAAGAUAUGGAUCGGCUGGCCCCCGAAGGUAUAUGAUGACGAGAUUAUUAUGAGCGCAGUAACUCAAAGCAAGGCUUAGAACUCAACCUGAGAGCAUGAUCUGUGAUCGAAAAGCAGGGGAAGACAAGGAGUAAGAACAAGUAAAAGACCAAUUGAAGAGCAGGUGGAAUGGUGGCAGAGCGGGAAUCUGCUGGGACCGGCUAAGGCAAAGGCCCUGAGUACUCCCGGCGACGAAUUACUACUGCGAACUGCAAAACGCGAGUUCCAACCCGCGAACAUAGCCCUUUACCUGGUAGAUCAGACUUCUUUCUCCUCGCCAUUCGUGACCGACAGAGUAGACCACAUGUCACGUGCGGAGCCACGGUCGCAGGUGCAGGACAAGUAACCCUUCUCACUCCGACCUCGCCUGAGACUUCCAGAUCCUCGGUCCUUGACACUGGUACUAUAGCGAAGCCGGAGAAAAUUCUUUGUCCUCCCUGCUGCAGAUCCCCCCGUGCAUGUUGAAGCAAAUGUCACGCCAGUUGCUGAACUCAGCAGGCGGUAGGUAAAUGGUCGGGUCUACCGCCUUUCCCAGGGGUGUGGACCGAGGAAAUUGGAUUCCUGGACCAAACAUGCACCGAAACACCAAACCAGAUCGCCUGAAAGUUUCAACCGAUUAAAUUGUAUUCGUUGAACAUCUUAGCUGUCUACUUAUAUUCCGGCAUUGCGAUGGCCCCUCAAAGGGCCACCCUUCCAUUGCUUCGGGGUACCACUACCUUCCAGUCCGCCGUGGAGCAAGAGGAAGACAUGCUCCUUGACCUAGAUUAUCCAGAGCAACGGAUAGACUUCUUUGUGUCCCUUUACAGCAGCAGAGCAGAUAUCGCGGAAAUUGCGUCAUAUCACCUUGGUUUAUCUGCCUCUGAUACUUGUCAGCUCGCAGAGGUAAAUGAAUGGAUACACGGCAGUUUCAAUGUCUGCAUUCCUCUCUAUGUCAGCAGACGAAACCAGCGGCCGGAAAGGUGUGCACUCAUUAGGUUUCCCUUACCGUAUAAGGUAGGGGAAUCGAAGAUGCCCGGCAAUGUGGACGAAAAACUUCGGUGUGAAGCUGCGACUUUCAUUUGGAUGCAAGAGCACUGUCCCGAGAUCUCAAUCCCUCGGCUGUGGGGAUUUGGUCUUGUUGGUGGCCAGAGCUUUACGAAGCCCGAGCAUGUCCCUUUGAGAACGAGGGUCGUCUGGUUUCUCAAAUGUUGCAUAUCCUGGCUCAUUGGUUCUACCCUCCCUUGUCGUUACGUGCGCCAUCACCGUCAAACUAUGCUAGAAUAUGGAUACUUAGUUAUGGACUACGUUGGCAACCCAGGGGUGCAGAUGCUAUCGGAGACCUGGGAUGAAGACCGACAUGAUCAAAACAAAAGAACCAACCUGUUUAGGGGUCUAUCUCGGAUCAUGCUCUCUUUGAGCCGGACACCACUGCCUCGCAUAGGAUCAUGGACGCUAGACGAAGAUGGGAUUUUGCGACUUUCUAACCGUCCUCUCACUCUUCGACUUCAUCAGUUGGAAAAUGGACGAAUUCCUACUAACAUCUCUCGAAGCUUAACUUACUCAACUGCGGAUGCAUACUAUCUUGAUCUUUUGUCUUGUCACGAUAACCGUAUACGAUAUCAACCGAACUCGCUGAGCGAUGAGGAUGAUGGCCGGGCCCAGAUGGCACGAGUAACUAUUAUGCGAGCGCUUCUACCACAUUUCGCUAGCAGAGAGCUUCGCCACGGUCCUUUCCUAUACCGACUCACGGAUCCCCAUCCAAGCAAUAUCUUCGUUGAUAGGGACUGGCAUGUCAAAUGGGUGGUUGAUCUGGAGUGGGCCUGUUCGCUACCGGCUGAAACCUUACGUCCUCCACAUUGGUUGACGGGUCGCUCUUUAGACGACCUGACAGGCGAUCACCUCGACGCCUUCAAAAGGGCUCAUGAAGAAUUUGUGGAUAUUUUUGAGGAAGAGGAGAAGUUAUUUCCUCCGAUAAACCACAGUUGUUCGUACCGGACAAAUCUUAUGAAACGAGGUUGGCAAAUUGGCAGUUUCUGGUACUUCCAGGCGUUGGAUAAUCCGAAAGGGCUAUUUAAUCUAUUCCAUCAGCAUAUUCAUCCCAUUUUUGUGUCCGCUCAUGAUGUUGACUCGGAUUUCCCGCGAGUCGUCUCAGACUAUUGGGCCGCCGACACGGAGAAAGUGAUAGCUGCCAAGCUUCGAGAUAAAGAGGAGUAUGAGAAAUUGCUAUGUAAACGUUUUGAGGAGGCCGCUGAUGAUCUUUAAAGACGGGGUUUUGGACAUUGAGAUUGUUCGUCUGUACCUAGCAAUAUACGGUCGGCGUUUCUCUAAACUCUGUGGUGGUUGCAAUCAUUAAAUGCCUUGGCUGCGAGGUAUCAUGUCAACGUGCAUCUUUUCGCAAUUUGUUGAGCCAUCAAGGGAUCCUUCGGGUUUCCCCAGAUAUGGAGCCCCAGGCCCUUCUCGGUGGUGAUCCAUCUGUGGAACGUAGCGAAGUGAAUCUCACGGUUGCACCAAUGAGAUGAAUCUGAGAUCUGAAUUACAAAAAGGCCUCUUGCUCGUGAUGUGGAU